CAGUAGUCCGCCACAGUUUGAUCGUAAUCAUCGUUCUCGGUUCUCAGUAGUGAUUCUCCAGCGGCAGGUGCAGGUCGCAUCCACCUAAUUACCGGAAAAUUGUAUCCAUACGGAACUGCGCACAUAACUCGUAUAUGUGCCUUCGUGCGCCUUGGAAUUCCGUGUACUGAGACUUCUAGUGCGCCGCAUCGGCUUGGCUCAAUUGACCUGAUUUCGGGUUAGGCUUUAAUUUAAUUUUUCGCACUGCCAAGGCGGAAACAUUAUGUAAGACACCCGCGCGAGUGACCGAGUGACCGAGUGCCUGAGUGACCACUGACCAGUGACCAGUGACUAGUGUGUGAAUAAUCGAGAGCAUCAACAAAGAUGGCACUGACAUAUACCCGAAGCAGCAUCGCAUGUGCUCUCCUUGCGUUCCUAAUGGGCCUAUCCUGUGCCAGCGGUGCCCGCGAUCACCGGAGGCAGACCAACCUGGAGGCCAAAGUGGGCUCCUACGUUGUCUUCAACUGCUACAUCGACUUCCCGUACGACUCUCCAAUCCCAUAUCUGGUGCACUGGAGCAAGGACAACAAGAAGAUCUUCACCUGGUACGAACAAGAGACCUCAACCAACGAGCUAUUUAACGGACGACUGCACCUGGUCAAAAACCAUCCGGAGUUCGGCCGCGCCUCCGUCAACCUGACUGCCAUUAGAGAAUCCGACCAGGGAUGGUACCACUGCCAGGUCAUCUUCCCCAACCGCUCGCCAUCGGUACGGAACAACGGCACCCGGUACCACUUGGCUGUCCAGGGCGGUUCCCUCAUCCGCAUCCCGCCCGUCAACCAGACAAUUCAGGAAGGCCAGACUGCCUUCUUCCACUGCGUCAUGAAGUACCCGGACAACUCACAGGCUUCGUGGUACAAAGACGGAAUGCUACUGCAGGAAAUCCAGGACCUGGUGCGGAGGUCUUACAUGGGACCGGACGGCAGUCUCAGCAUCGAUCCCACCAUGAUGAGCGACUUGGGCGAGUACGAGUGCAAGGUGCGCAACAACGAGGGUGAACUACAGACAGCCAAGGCCUUUCUUAACAUACAAUAUAAGGCAAAGGUCAUAUACGCGCCUCCAGAGAUCUUCCUCCCGUAUGGUCAGCCCGCUGUACUCGACUGCCACUUCCGGGCCAAUCCGCCGCUUAAGAACUUGCGCUGGGAAAAGGAUGGGUUACUCUUCGAUUCUUACAAUGUGCCAGGAGUGUUCUACAAGAUGAACGGGAGCCUGUUUUUUGCAAAGGUGGAUGAGAACCAUGCCGGCAGCUACACAUGUACGCCCUACAACGAUCUCGGAACGGACGGACCAAGUCCCAUCAUCAGUGUGAUUGUUCUCCGGCCACCCAUAUUCAGCGUCACUCCCAAGGCCAUCUACAUCCAGAAACUGGGUGAGGCGGCCGAGCUGCCCUGCGAAGCCAUCGACCGGGACGGAAACAAUCGGCCCUCCAUUGUCUGGAACCGGAAAGACGGCCAGCCACUGCCGGCGGGCAGGUUCAGUCUCAGUGGGGGCAACCUGACCAUUUCGGGGCUGAUGGAGUCGGACCGCGGCAUGUACGAGUGCUCGGCGACCAACGAAGCCGCCACCAUUACUGCGGAAGCGGAGCUUAUGAUUGAGAACAUCGCUCCUCGGCCUCCCCACAAUCUCACCGCCAACAGCACGGAGACCUGCAUAACGAUUCGUUGGCAACCAGGAUACCUCCGCCCUAACCUGGAGUACACUGUCUGGUACCGGCUGAUCGAAACUCCUGAGUGGCGAACGAUUCGGGUGGUGGACAAGAACGUUAUGGAAGCCACGGUACAGCACCUGAUCCCGGGAAAGGAGUAUGAGUUCAUGGUGCUCAGCCAGGACAAAUAUGGGGAUGGGAUGUUCAGCAAACAGAUUCGCUUCCAGACUCAACCGUCUCCAAUCAGAGCGGAUGACUUUGAUGCCCAGCAACUGCAGCACGAGCUCGGCCAAAUACCCACCUCGGCGACAGCCGGAGGAUUGGGGGCUCCUUGGAACAUUACGGCAGUGAGCAACCAGCAGGGAUGGCUGCUCCACUGGGAGCAUCCCACUCAGGGACUCGAAAGUCUUCGACUUUACGCAGUCCGCUGGUGGAAAGAGCCCGAGCACUUCCUUAUCGGCCAUGCAGAGACCUUCGACAACUUCUACCAACUGCGGCACCUCAAGGAGGACACCACCUUCAAGGUGCAGGUGCUGGCCGUUGGCACCAACAACCAGCAGGCUGUGCCCAGCCACGAGCUCGUCAUCGACGUUCCCUCCCAAAGAAAGGUGCGAGCCCUGAUCAUCGGUUCAUCCGUUGGCGUGAUCUUCCUGCUCUGCGCUCUGUGCGCUUUUUUAUACGUGAAGCGGAGCUGCCUGCGACAUAUGUUCGUCCGGGGUAGCUCCGCAGGGGACCCGGACGAGGACACUGCCGAGAGCGGUGACUGCGACAGCGACGAGCAGGAUCGGGAUCAACACAGCAUAAAGAUUCGGUAGACCUCUUAGAGAUCUACGGAUCUGAUGGAACUUUAAGAGCCAGCUGCCAGUGCAGUUCGAUUCCGCAUUAACUUGACUUUUAAUAUACGUCUAGCGGUUGUAUGUACCAUAAAAUCGAUUAACUGUAAAUUUAAACUAAUCAAAUUCGAGAUUAAAAUAAAUCCAACUAAAACGAA